AUGGAUGAUCAGGCCCUCCUCCCAAUGGCCAUCCAUACCCCCACCAACCAACCUUCCCCCACGGUCACCAACUCCACUACUAACAACUCAGCCGCUUCACCCUCCACCCUCGCCCUCCUCAUCCGUCUUGUGGCCUUUGUCAGCCUCGCUGCCGUCUCCAUGUGGGCAAACUACGAAGCAGCCAAAGGCUUCGAGAUCACCAUCCUCAGCGCCGACAGCCACACCGCUGCCGGCCGGCGUUUCAACCUCAUGUUCGUCUCCAACGGCCGGGCCGCUCGGCUCAUCCUCAACUCCAGUGACUUCAUCGAGCGCGUGCUCUACCCCAGCGAGCUGUACCCCAGGAAGCCCGUCAGCUGCGUCACCCUUCAGUUGGCCGUCCAAAACUUCACCGAAUCCGUCAUGGUGAGACCCGGUCGCCACCCCGGUGACUUCGUUAUUCUUGUAAGCCCCAGUGUCAUGGCGGAGGCCAAUGUACACAUCUCGGUGGCCUCGGCGGUGCAACGGGGCAUGGCCCAAGUGUGGCUCUGGAACGGGCAGGGCGGGGCCCCUCGAUCGCUCCUGGAUUCCAUGGCCGACUACCUUACCAUGGCGGCCCGUCUAAGGCAGCAUUUGAAACACAAUGAUCUCUCCAUCACAACCAAUGCGUCAUGUUGGGAUGACGGCAGCUACAUCGACGUCGCGCGGUUCUUGCAGUACUGUGAGGAGCGGAGGCACGGAUUCAUGGCACGCUUGAACCGGGCCAUGCAGGGGCAAUGGGACGAGCACAUGGUGGACUCUGCACUGGGCUCGCCAUCUCGAGAGCUGUGCUUGGCUUAUCUCUUGUUGUUACGCCAUGAAGGAGACCCAUCUGGUCCAGCAUCAGCGUUGGACUUGACCCAGGACAUGUGA